CGAGGCGAGAGGCGGCCGGCUGGGCAGCAUGAGUCAGCAGCGGCCGGCGCGGAAGCUGCCCAGCCUGCUCGUAGACCCGGCGGAGGAGACGGUGCGGCGCCGCUGCCGAGACCCCAUCAACGUGGAGGGCCUGCUGCCAUCAAAAAUAAGGAUUAAUUUAGAAGAUAAUGUACAAUAUGUGUCCAUGAGAAAAGCUCUAAAAGUGAAGAGACCUCGUUUUGAUGUAUCACUGGUUUAUUUAACUCGAAAAUUUAUGGAUCUUGUCAGAUCUGCUCCUGGGGGUAUUCUUGACUUAAACAAGGUUGCAACAAAACUAGGCGUACGAAAACGAAGAGUGUAUGACAUCACCAAUGUUCUGGAUGGAAUUGAUCUGGUUGAAAAGAAGUCUAAGAACCAUAUUCGAUGGAUAGGGUCUGAUCUGAGCAAUUUUGGAGCAGUGCCCCAACAGAAGAAGCUGCAGGAGGAACUUUCUGAUUUAUCGGCGAUGGAGGACGCUCUGGAUGAGUUAAUUAAGGAUUGUGCUCAGCAGUUGUUCAAGUUAACAGACGACAAAGAAAAUGAAAGACUAGCAUAUGUGACGUAUCAAGAUAUUCAUAGCAUUCAAGCCUUCCAUGAACAGAUUGUAAUUGCAGUUAAGGCUCCGGCAGAAACCAGGUUGGAUGUUCCAGCGCCCAGAGAAGACUCUAUCACGGUCCAUAUCAGGAGCACUCAGGGGCCUAUCGAUGUUUAUCUAUGUGAAGUGGAGCAGAGCCACCCAAGCAGUAACGUGUCGGACGGUGUCGGCGCCUCUUCAUCUGAAAGCAGACAUCCAGAGCAGCCCGCCCCUGAGAAAGAAGAAAACCCUCCACAGCAAAGUGAAGAACUGCUUGAAGUGAGCAAUUGAUGGCAUUUGAGGAUUCGUGCAUUGAGUCUUUUGGGGACAUCCUGUGUGGAUGAAUUAUGCAUUAGAUGUGAUUCUCAGAGCAAUAAAUCAUCCCAGACAUUUUCUCAGUAGCAGCAGUAAGGCCAGGAGUACCUUCAAGUAGUUCACUACUUAGAUUACUGGAUAAUUAUGGUUUCUUCAUUUGAAAACAACUCUUUUUAUAAUUAUUCACUGCUUUUUGUCAGUGAAAUAGACAUCUUGCCUACUGAAAUUACUAAAUCACCCAGAGUAUCACUGAAACAGACAGGCAGGCUGGAUGGACAGUUCUCAGUGGACCUUGCCCUUUGCUGCGUGGAUCAUGUGUCAUUAUCACAAAAGAAAUUGCCUUACACGGGUUCAUGUCUGCAAUGGAUGGGUGUACGCACGCAUCUGGACAUGAUGUCUUUGUAUAUAUUUGUAUAAUGUUUAGAUCACUUAUGAAGUACGUCGAAGUGAAACUUUUCACCUUUGUACAGCCAAAAUAAUGUAUAUAUGGAAAGUAACAGACAUAUUCUCUAAUUUCUGUGGUAUCUAUAACUUAUUAGAAUCCUCUGGAUGAGGGUUAGAGGAGAGUUUUUCCCAAACUUCUACAUGUAGAAGUAUCAUAAAUAUGCUAUACAUUUAAAGUUCAUGGAUUUAAUGAAGGUAUUUCAGUAUGGUUCCCAGCGCUAAAAUUGGACUUUAAGCUCCCUACAGAGUCAUUGUGUCUGAACAGACUGGUGGCAUGCCCCAAGCUUUAGGGGCGAGUGUACAAAUGCCAUCAGGUCAUGGCUUAAUUCCUUGCAAGACAUGAAUUCAAUCAUGAUGAGAAUUGGAAAGUAUUUUAACCUUUCUUGCAAGCAGGGUUUAUAUAUGUUUCUGUAUGCAGCCUUGCUCUUCAAUCAAAGGGGAUCUUUUACUUACGAUGAGUUAGUGGUACCUGCCCUCUCUUCAGCUCCAGUCCCCCGUUUCCAAGUACCUAGCUCUUUCUACCUCAUUGGGUAAGUCAUUUACCACUCUGUGCCUCAGUUUACUCAGUAGUUUACCAUUAGACUGUGAGCUCCUUGAGGGACUUUGUCUUAAUCAUUGUUAAACCCAGCGACUGGCACCACGCCUAGCACAUAAAAAGUGCUCAGUAAAUGUUUGAACAAAUCAGUGAGUGAGUGAGUGAGUGCAUGAAUGGUCAGAUUAGACUAAUGAUCCUUGACUUAUGUAACGUACAAGGGUUUUGUGUCGUUCGGAUUCAUAUUUUAAACUUCUCUUACUUUCAAAGAAAGAAUUGAAGCAACGUGAAAUUAAGACCAUGUGUAAAGAGUUGGCGCAGGAAUCAAAAAUCAAAAUACUGAAAAAUAAUGCUGAGCAUUGAGGACUGGCACACCUCUGAGCUCCAGCGGCUUUUGCGGUCCUGUCCCUCUGCUGAGCUCCAGCCUCUCCCCUCCUCACAGACCGUGGCGGCUGCCUUUGUCGGCCCGGGACUGCUUGCCGUGCUGCUCCUCCUGGGCGCGUGUGGUGAACCUGAGAGUUCAGCAGAAGGGGUGUGUAGAGAUCACGUGCUCCGUGCAGAGGUCCAGGCUCUGCCUUGUAGAUUUGGCAGCUGUCGGUCAUAUGUGAUGGCUAAACAUGAGAGUGCAUGAGGUCACCUAAUGAGAGGGUACAGCAGAAGAGGGAGAGGCCCGUUAACAUUUAUUUUAAGGGGAAAUACAGAAGAAAAGGCUUUUCCUGAGAAGGAAUAAUGAGAGGAAGGGAACAUAAACAACUGAAGGAGGCGGUGCCCCCAAAACCAACAAAGAAAGCAGGGCCACAGGUGAUAGCAUCGUUUCUAAGCAGCAGUUCCUUACUUGUGAAAUGUGACAAAUGUUCUACUUUGCAAACUGCUCUGAGAGUAAAAUGAGAUCAUGUAAACGAAAGUCCUUUGUGAACUGUAGACGUGUUACAUAAAUGAAUCUCUCUCCUGUCACUCCAGCUUCUGGUGUUGGUUUCUUCUUUUUACAGCUGCUAAGGUACGCAUCCCCAGAACUAGCGUCCAGGGUUCUUCCUCCCCCACUCUGCCCCGAACAUCACUACCCAUCUCUGUGCGCACAGGCGCACCUCAUUUUAUUGUGCUUCACAGAUGCUGUGAUUUUGAAAAAUUGAAGGUUUGUGGCCACCCUGUGUCCAGCAAGUCUGUAGGCGCUAUUUUCCCAGUAGCGUUUGCUCAUUUCAUGUCUCUGUGUCACCUUUUGGUAAUUCUUGUAAUAUUUCAAAUGUUUUCGUUAUUAUGAUGUUUGUUAUAAAUAUAAAACUUGAACAGAUGAGGAGCUGCUUCUUAUUGAUGAACCAAGAAAGUGGUUUCUUGAGUUGGAAUCUAAUCCCAGUGAAGAUGCUGUGAAGAUUGUUGAAAUGACAACAAAGGAUUGAGAAUAUGACAGAUGUAGUUGAGAAAGCAGCAUCAGGGUUUGAGAGGCUUGAUGCCAAUUUUGAAAGACGUUCUGCUGUGGGUAAAAUGCUAGCAAACAGCGUUGCAGCCUACAGAGAAAUCAUCCCUGAAAGGAGGAGUCUACUUCAUUGUUGUCUGACUUCAGGAAAUUGCCACAGCCUUCGUCUACUAAUCUAAAGCCGUGUCUCCAGUCAGCUUUAUUAAUAAUGGUAGAGAUACUUUAUUAAUAUCUGAUGUCCGUCUCUCAGACCUCUGUGUCUACCAGUUAAUUCUGAACGUGGAAGGGGAAGAGGGAUGUUACUUACCGGGAAAAGAAACCAUAACAGACUUUGCACUGGGGCACCCAUAUUAGCAAGGAUUAAAUUCAGCUGCAAGUAGCAGAAAAACCCCAAAAUAACAGCAGCUUAAGAAAGAUACAAGUUCAUCUGUCACAUACAGGAAGUCUGCAGAUAGCCCAGAGUUGGUGUGGCCUCCAAGGGGUCAGGGACCAAGUUUCCUUCCAGGUGGUUCUCCCUUCAGGCUUGGCUUCCAUUUCCGAGUUCACUGCAAAGUCCAGGAGAGCUGCUGGAGCCCCAGCCGUUGUGUCUACAUACUAGCCAGCAGGCAGGAUGAAGAAAGAGAAGAAAGGCACACCUCUCCUUGAGGACACUUCCUGCAGUUCACUUCACGUUACAUCCACUGGCCACAAUGUAGCCACUUAGCUUUAGAAAUGUAAUCUUGGGUACGGGGACAGCCACGUGCCCAGCUAACACCUGGAGCUCUAUUGCUGUUGAAGAAGAGUAGACCCAGGGUGUGGUUAGACAUUAUUAGAUCCUAUUCUCCUCCCCUCUGGGCAGGGAGAUGACCUCCAGUGAGACCGCACGACUAGUUCUAGCCAGCUGGCUAUGAAAGGAAGUGACAUGUGAAAAGACUACAUGCAAUUGUGCAGCAGCUCUUCCCGCCCCAGUAACCAAGAAAGCCACAGGUUCUAGGUGAUGCGGCUAUAAGAUCCUGGAGUCUCCAUCAGCCUGGUUCCCCAAGAGACUGUGUGGAAUUGCCCUGCCCAUCUGCAUGCAAUGUGGAAUGUGCCAAAUCAUCGGGAUUUACUUGGAGCUAAUUUGUUGCUGCAACAUAACCCAGCCUGUGCUGACUAGUAUGUUUGGGGACGACUAGCAAUCUCUGCCACAAGUCAGUGAAUGAAAGACUCAAAAACAGCCUCACACCAAACCAGUGUCAUACCUUCAGCACACUCCCAACUUGUCAGUUGCUUAUGAUCAAUAAAAUGGGAGUAUUAACGCAUUUGUUGGCCGCUAGCGUCCUGGGAGGCUAACACAAAUUUGUGUAAUGAUUGCCAUCUAGUGGAGAGUUCAGAGUUUCCAGAUUUCUUCGCUUAUUUCCAAUUAGGCAGAUGCUGCUAGAGAAUAGCAUUGACUUUAAAUUUACAGAUCCCGUUCUUGUUGAUAAAGUGAAUUCACACUAGUUCUCACAUAGAGGUCACAACUGUUAAGAUAUCAGCAUUAUAUUCUAGCUGUGGCCAUGUCUAGAUCAUGUUCUUGCCAUGAUCUAGUCUGCAGAGAUCUUGAGUGUCUUCACUCCCCUCAGAACAUCGCAUUGGCCCAUGACUUUGGAUCUGUUGAGCAGGAAGUAGUAAAUGCCUUAGAUGUUUCAGUAAGACGUACGUGUUCCAAAGACGGUGUGACAAACACUCUUAAUACCAAGUACAGUAUCAGGCAGGGUCCAGUAAGAAAACCAUGGUGGGUAUCACAUCAGAGGUGAGUUAAUACAAGAAGGCUGAAGUAGCAAAAAAGGGCCUUGAGGUAACAGAUAUUAAUAAUUCAGGAAGCAGCUACCACCCCUAGGAUAAAGUAGCAUUCCCGUAACCCGGGAGCCCAGAGGAGAGGUCCUCACAUCUCUGGAGGAGAUGCCACACCAGUGCUGUGGUGGGGAAGGAGACACCCACCUAAUGGUUAGUAAGUACUCAAACCUCUGAUCGGGGUGGGACACAGGCAUGCACACCACUAAGGGGGUUACAGCCACUAGUGCUGGCACUCCUGAGGGGACACCAUGGCCGGUGCUAGGGCUACCAAAGGGAUCUGGAAAGUGGAGCCGCGCGGUCCUCUGUUGCUGCUGGGACACUGACAGGAGCUAGAAAAAGGAAGAAAGUCACUUCUGUCCUCUUCCUGCAUUCCAUUCUCCCACCACUGCCUGCUUAUCAGCACCCAACUGGCCAGCAGGGGAGGAUAGGCCACGGGGUUUGCAGGGCCCAGUCCCAGCGUGACAGAACAGAGCAUAGAAGGGUGGGAUGGAUCUGAGAGAAAGGAAACACCCAGCACGUCCUUCCUACCCAUAACGGCCGCAUGGUGUAGGCAGCCCAACUCUGCCCUUCGCUAAGUAUGACUUUAGAGAAAUCACCCUGUUUUCCCACCUGUAGGCUAAUUGUAAAAUUCCAUUAUACAGUUGACACGAAUAACACGGGUUCGACCUGCACAAGUCCAGUUAUAUGUGGACUUUUUUUUUCAAAAACUACUUUAGGAUCACACGAUCCCAGGUUGGUGGAACCCACAGAUGCGGAACCCGCGGGUACAGAGGAACUGCGAAUAGGAGGACGGACUGUAAAAUUAAAUGUGGAUUUUCAGCUGUGCCAGAGUCAAUCAGCCUCUUUUUGAUCACGGUUUCUUUACGCUAAGAAAUGUAUGGAUCUUCUGAAAUCUGCCCCGAUGGCAUUCUUAAUUUAAAUGGGGUCGCAUCAAUGUUGGGAGUAGGGGAAAAAAAGAGCAGAUAACAUCACCAACGUGUUACGUGGUACCUCAUUCAAGACAAAUCUAAGAAUCACAACGGAUAAUGUGUCACAGUCAAUAUAAAAGCACCAAGGAGCCAAUUAACAUUUGUGUGAGAAGAAACAGGACAAGUGCCACAAUUGAAGACCUUGGGGCCUCUGAAAUAAAAACAUUUCUCUGACACUUUAACCAAAGUAAAUAUAAAGGGGUUCAACAUGAUUAUUAAAAAAAUACAUUUUACAUGGAUGUUAUUGCAUUAUUCUAAGAGCAGUGUAUGCUUGCAGCAAAAAAAUUUGGAAAAUGCAGAGACACGCAAGAAUCAUCCACAUUUCUUACUAGUUUUAUUUCUAUCCAUCUAUCUUUACACAUAUAGUUGAAACAGCCAAAAUAAAAUUUUCUAUCAGAAUAGUGAACUUUCAAACUCAAGGUUUGAAAUGGAAAAAUUUUUUAUCACUUUAAUUAUAAUCUUAUAAGAAAAUGUUUUUAAAACUUCGUUAAGAAAUAUUUUCUGAACAAGGCCAUAAAUAUCUUAAUUGGCAUCAAUAUCUCAUUCUUCCAAUAUAAGUGGUUGCAGAUAUCAGACAGUCACCAUUAUGUGGGACAGUCUAUAACCUAAGAUGAUAUAAAAUUCCAUGUAUUAAACUUUAGCCCUAGGGAAAAAAUGAGAAGCCAUUGUGGGGUAAGUAUGAGAAUAUGGGAUCAGUAACUGAUGGGAAAGAGGUGCAAGGAAUGUUGGAAAUUUUUUGUGGUGACAGAAAUGUCCUCUAUGUUGUAUUCGUGGUGACGGUGUAUACAAUUGCUAAAUGUAGCAACUGUAUACAACUGCUAAAACUCAUUGAACUGCACAUUUAAGAUCUGUGCACUUUGUUGUUAUUAAUAACUUGAUUUUUAAAAAUUCUUAGCCUUUCUACAAUUUAUGAUUUACUCCAAAGAAAAUGAGAUACUUGGGUUAUACACUUAAAAUAUGUACAGGAUCUGUAUGCAGAAAAUUACAAAAUGCUGAUGAAAAAAAUCAAAGAAGACCUAAAUAAAGCUUCGAAUACUCUUCCUAUAUGGCAGUAUUUGCACCUGGAUCCUACCCAAGCCCAAGCAGGGGAUAAAGGCAGAUGAGUCGGCCACAGACCACGUGCGAGGAGAGAAACCAGUCCUGGGAGACAGGCUCACGCUGACAUUCACGGAGCUUGGAACCCAUGCGUUGAACUGCUUUCCCAUUUUGUAAGGUAGUUUUACAUUUGUCUAUUUCUUAAACAACCUCUGGUUGACUUAGGAGGUAAUGUUAAGAGAGUUAAAAAUGUAUUUGUACUGGUCAGAAUGGCCAUCAUCAAAAAAAUCUACAAACAACAAAUGCUGGAGAGGGUGUGGAGAAAAGGGAACCCUCCUGCACUGCUGGUGGGAAUGUAAAUUGAUAUAUGGAUAUCAUGGACACCAUGGACGUAUGUAUAUGUAUAACUGAUUCACUUUGCUGUACAGCAGAAACUAACACAACAUUGUAAAUCAGCUAUACUCCAAUAAAAAUUAAUUUAAAAACGUAUUCGGGGUGGAAAAAAUCAGACUUAGAAGAAAGAUGGAAAUGUUGCAUAGUUAAAAGCCUUUAAAAAUUUGUUUCCACUUAACAUAUGGCAACUUAGUCAAUCAUGUAAUCUGGUGAACAAGAGACAAGAUUGUAACACUGACUUGUUAUUUAUAACAAGGCAAUAUAGACUUGUUAUUUAUAACAAGGCAAUAUAUUGCUUAGGACUUGUCAGCUUUCGAAGUAGCUGAACAUCACGUCCAGUACUCUGCAAAAUUCUUUCAGAUCCUCUAAAGACAGCUUCAGUAGAAACGUCGUCACAAGCCUACUCAGUUGUCUAUAGACAGGCUCUCAUUUCAUUUUUCACUUUGAGAAUAUAUUUACAAUCCUUGCAAAGAAUCAUUCUUCUCUGUCGCACUGCAGUGUUUAAUUUGGUGCAGAAGGAAAAUUGGGUUGCUGGUAAAAGUUGAAUCUUGUUUGAGCAGUGAAUUGUAGCAAUUUCAGCUACAUCUAGAUCUGCUGUGCUUUUAUGAAUCAUUUUACAUUUCAUGACUGUUCUAAUUAUGAUCUAGGCAUAAUAAUGACUACUUUUAUUGAGCCCUUGUCACGUGCCGGUCACUGGCGUAAGAGAUAUAAAUAGUUGAAUCUUCACAUUAUCUUGUCAGAUAGGGAUCAUGACCCUCAUUUUAGAAAUGAGGGAGCUGGGGCUUGAGAGGCUAAGGUGCCCAGGGCUACACUGGGCAGGGCUCCUCCCUGCCUAGGGCUACACUGCUGGUUAACAUGAGAACCAGGAGUUGGACCCGAGACAGCAGGAUUCACAGUCCCAGACUCCCUCUAGAGACAGAGGUGACCCCCUUGCUAGGCUAUGCGUUUUGAGGCUCUAACAUUCUUUUCGUUCAUGCUGUAGCCGUGAGAAAAUGUCUUAAUUUUCGGACAGCUCUUUAGAAGUUGGGGCAAGUGUUCACUAUCAUUUUGUGACAACCAUACUCCUACCUGGUUCCAUUUCUUCGACUACUGAUUAAUUCUUUUUUCCCUUGACCAGUACAUAUGGGUAUGAAUACAUACAGCAUAAUGAUACCAGGUGAAAAGAGGCAAUCUGACUAAAGCAGUAGGGCUGGUUUUUGAGUUUGGUGUCAUAAUUCACUAAUAAGGCUAUUUUAGCUGGGCAGUGAACCCCUGAAACUGUAGCUGAAAGUUUGUGUUAAAGUCUCAUUCUAUCUAUCUAUCUAUCUAUCUAUCUAUCUAUCUAUCUAUCUAUCUAUAUAUAUGUAUAUACCUAUAUAUAUAUAUAUAUAUGAGAUCUGAAAUCAAUAUAUAUCUGAAUACAUAUAAAUGCAUAUGUAUUCUGAGGUAACUGCUUAGCUCUUGAUUUCAGAAAUCUGGAAUAUUUAUUUUAUAUUCAAUUAGGGAAUUUGAUUUGAGCUAUUUUAAGCAGACUCACCUAAAAUAAUCUGUCACAAGAAAUUUAUAAAGUUAUUAAUACUUUGAAAUAUGACAUUUUUACUUAUUAGCACCUUACAUUGUAUUAAUGUUCCAACAUCUUAUAAAAACAUGCAAUACAGGAUUUAAAAAAAAAAGAGUUAAGGAAAUUGGGGCAAAGGGCAAAUAAGGGUAGAAAAAAUAAAUGAAACCAGGGGAGAGGUUAGUACACAGAAUGCCUGCUGUAAAGUGUGUGUCAUUUAGGGCAUCUCAUUUUAAAAAUAAAACAGUACAGCUCACUUUCCAAAAAAUGUGGCUCCUUGAUCAGGAAUCUCCAUCUUUUUUUUUUUUUUUUUU